AUGUUCACCGUAUCAACGGGAGUUUAUACUUCCAUAACGGCCUCAUCGGCCUCAUCGGCUCCAGCGGCUCCAGCGGCUCCAUCGGCCUCAUCGGCCUCCGGCUCCAGCGGCUUGAGCGGCCUCAUCGGCUCCAUCGGCCUCAUCAGCCUCAUCGACUCCAGCGGCUCCAGGGGCUCCAUCGGCCUCAUCGGCCUCUUCGGCCUCAUCGGCUCCAUCGGCUUCAUCGGCCAAAGUUGGCUUUGUUUCACUGGUGGAAAGGCCUUCAAAGGUAGGGCGACUUUCAGUGAAGCGGUUACGAUCAGCAGGUCGCAAAGUGAGGACGAUCUUGGCCACAAAAGCUCGCCCUUCACAGAAGAUUGGUCAGGUUUUUUGGCUUCGCCCUGUGACACUGUGGUGAUGCUUUGUGGCGCCCGGCCCGGCAACGUGGGUGCAACGUACUGCCUCUGCUGUUUGGGGAACGUGUGCGCCCUCGUUGUGGUGGGAUUGACCUUUGGAAAGGCCCAGAAGGCCUUGGAGUUGUCGGGUGUGAAACCUGGAGAAGGAGUGACAUGCUUGGUGGCCCCACCAGAACAGAUGGACACGCGCGAGGUGCUCUUGGCCCUGCGUGAUGCAGACUUUCACCUUGUAGGGCUCACGGCCCACGGAGAAGGUGUCAAAGCACUGUGGGAUGUGUCGUUUCGACCAGGCCUGGCCUUGGUCUUCGGCCGCGAGCACGAUGGGAUUCCGCCUGAGGCGGAGGAGCUGUUGCACGAGGCAGCCACAGUGCCGAUGGUGGUCCCUGGAAAUGAGGGUAGCCUCAAUGUCUCCCAAGCUGCUGGAAUUGUGCUGUAUGAGCGAUGGUGCUCAUUGAAGGACAUUGCAACUUCGCCUCCCCGCUCUGCGGCGAAGAGUGUCGCCAUGGCUGACAAAUCGGAGAACCCCAUGCGUCAGAUCCGGGUGGAGAAGCUGGUGCUGAACAUCAGCGUGGGUGAGAGCGGCGAUCGCUUGACGCGCGCCGCCAAGGUGUUGGAGCAGCUCACGGAGCAGCAGCCGGUCUUUUCGAAGGCCCGGAUGACCAUCCGCCAGUGGAGCGUGCGACGGAACGAGAAGAUCGCCUGCCACGUGACCGUGCGGGGCGAGAAGGCCGAGGAGAUCUUGGAGAAGGGCCUCAAGGUGAAGGAGUACGAGCUGCGCAAGAAGAACUUCGCCCGGAACGGCAGCUUCGGCUUCGGCAUCACUGAGCACAUUGACUUGGGCAUCAAGUACGACCCUGGCACCGGUAUCUACGGCAUGGACUUCUACGUGCACCUCUCCCGGCCCGGCAGCCGUGUGAAGAACCGCAAGUUGAAGGUGGGAAAGGUGGGCUGUGCUCACAAGCUGAAGAAGGAGGAUGGCAUGAAGUGGUUCCAGACCAAGUACGACGGCAUCCUCCUGAACUGA